GUGGCGCGUCUCGGUGGCUGCGGACACCUUCCAGGUCUUCCUUCCGGAGAACGUGAGAUCCGCCUCGGAGCCAGCCUGCUGGAGUUCACUUGUUGUUAAGUAGAUUUGGGAGCGGUGUGACAUCGCGCCGCCAGUCCCUUCCCUCCUGAGAAAGGGUAGCUGCUUUCUGAGCAAUCACAUACCAACUUCAUGUAUUCCUAAGACUGUCAUCAGCUUCUAGUUUUCUAUUCAGAGGCCUUACAGAGAUUUAAUUACUUAUAGGCUCUAGUGGUUGUAAAGUAAUUUAAGAUGUUUGUACUACUCGGUUGUAAUUAUCUAAUUCACUCUUGUGUUAAGAGACAUCGUUUUAACUUGGGAAUGGUUAAAUCGCCAAAGAAUUAAAUUAUUUAUGGAUAAGGGCUAUUUUAUUUGACUACUGUUGGCCUGCAACUUAAACUUGCAUCUUUUAUUUUUUAUCCUAUGCUUUUUCUUUGUUAUGGCUGCUGCAACAAUAGUUCAUGAUACAUCAGAAGCUGUAGAGCUCUGUGCUCCCUGUGGGUUAUACCUUAAACCCAUUACAAAAAUGACCAUCAGUGUGGCGCUUCCUCAGCUGAAGCAACCAGGAAAAUCCAUUUCGAACUGGGAAGUGAUGGAAAGAUUGAAGGGGAUGGUGCAAACUCAUCAGUUUUCCACUCUGCGGAUUUCUAAAAGCACAAUGGAUUUCAUUCGGUUUGAAGGAGAAGUCGAGAACAAAAGUUUGGUUAAAUCUUUUCUGGCGUGCCUUGAUGGCAAAACAAUAAAGCUGAGUGGCUUCUCUGACAUUUUAAAAGUGCGUGCUGCAGAAUACAAGAUUGACUUUCCUACCAGACAUGACUGGGACUCAUUUUUCCGUGAUGCGAAAGAUAUGAACGAAACCUUGCCUGGGGAAAGGCCGGAUACUAUUCACUUGGAGGGUUUGCCUUGUAAGUGGUUUGCAGCAAAGGAGACUGGCUCGGAAAAGCCAAGUGAAGAAGUGCUUAUAAAAGUUUUCCAGAAAUUUGGAGAAAUCCGUAACGUGGACAUACCCAUGCUGGACCCCUACAGAGAAGAAAUGACUGGCAGGAAUUUUCACACUUUCAGCUUUGGAGGCCAUUUAAACUUUGAAGCGUAUGUGCAGUACCGAGAGUAUGCAGGAUUCAUCGAGGCCAUGAAUGCUCUGAGAGGGAUGAAGCUGAUGUACAAAGGCGAUGAUGGCAAAGCAGUGGCUUGCAAUAUAAAGGUUUCUUUUGACUCAACAAAACACCUCAGUGAUGCAUCAAUUAAGAAGCGUCAACUUGAAAGGCAAAAGCUUCAAGAACUUGAAAAGCAAAGAGAAGAACAAAAACGUAAAGAGAAAGAAGCUGAAGAAAAACAAAAAGAAGAAGAAAGGAAGCAGAGAGAACUUGAAGAAUUUGAGAGAGAGAGAAAAAGAGAAGAGAAGUUGCGCAAGAGAGAACAGAAACAGAAAGAUCGUGAAGUUCGACGGAACAAAAAGCAACUUGAAAAGCUUCAAGCUGAAGAACAGAGAAAACUUCAAGAGAAGAUAAAGCUAGAAGAAAGGAAGCUCCUGUUAGCUCAGAGAAAUCUUCAGUCCAUUAGAUUAAUUGCAGAACUGCUAAGCAGAGCAAAGACAGUAAAGCUUUUGGAGCAAGAACAGAAUGAAGAAAAGAUUUGUCUUCAGCAGCUAGAGGAGAGACGAAGGCUCCAGGAGGCUGAGCUUAAACGUGUGGAAGAGGAAAAAGAGAGAGCACUGGGGUUGCAGAGAAAAGAAAAGGAACUGAGGGAGAAACUGCUGAACAAUCUUCUGAGCAAGAAAAUUGAUGCAGUUAAUCAAAACAAAGAAGAAACGGAAGCAUCUCAGACUGACGUGCUGAAAAGCCCUAGUGCUGUUCCCCACACUGUGUCAUCCACCUGCAUCACGUCUACCUCAGGACAGGCUCUUACAGGCAAACUGGCUCCUGGCUCCCAAACAGAAGUAGCAUCCCCUGAAAGUGUAAACACUCAAUGCAAGUACUUAAAUGGCAGCAUUCAUGACAAAGUUCAUGACAAAGUUGAGAAUCUUCAUGCUACAAACUCUGAGAGGUGUUCUGACAAAAGAGGUUCAGGGGUACUUUCGUGUGUUCCCACUAAUAACCAGGACGAGAAGAGCCUCUCUAGCUAUGACCAGAACACUUGCAAGAAGGACUUGCACUGUGAGCAGGACAAACAUGGAGCAGAGGCAAGGAGAAGAAAGAGCCGUUCAUGUAGCAGCAUCAACAGUGAUGAGAGUAAGGGUAGACGGGAGAGCAGCAGACACAGAAGAGAUGUGAGUUACCGGGAUGAAAAACAUAGGAAAGACAGGAGGCAUUACAGACACUCCAGCAGAAGUUACAGCCCUCGCCGCAGCCGCAGUCCUCGGCGAAGAAGUGCAAGCCCCCGGCGCUCCCGCUACAGGAGAACGCGCAGUAGGGAGCGAAGGCGGGACAGGAGAGAGAGGAGUCGAAGUCGCCGAAGUGUGAGCAGGAGGCGAAGGCACCGGAGGUGAUCACUGAGUAAACAAAGGAGUACCUGGAGUGGGUAG